GCAGGUAUAAUGGUUCUUCACUCUUCAAGAUUACUCUUAUUAAAACCAUUGCAAAGGCCAUGGUUUCCAACAUUCAUAAGGUUAAACUCAACAACAGCUCAAAUCUCAUCAGGAAAAGUACAAAUUGCAGAAAAGACAUAUGAUGCAGAUGAAAUGACAAAUGUGACACCCAGAAUCCUGUCACACCUUGGCAGGAAUCUUCAUCUGCAAAAGCACCAUCCCUUGAACCAUAUUUCCCAAAGAAUAACCAAGUUUAUGUAUUCAAGAUACUUGAGUCCGAGGGGAAAUCCUCUCUUUUCCAUCCAUGAUAGAUUACAACCUAUUGUCACUCCUCAUCAAAAUUUUGACUCACUGUUGAUCCCCAAAGAUCAUGUUAGUAGGAAAAAGAGUGAUAAUUACUAUAUUAAUAAGGAUUUCCUCUUGCGUGCCCACACAAGUGCCCAUCAGAGUGAAUUGAUUAGUAUGGGUUUUGAUAACUUCUUGGUUAUGGGUGAUGUUUACAGAAGAGAUGAAAUUGAUGCAUCACACUAUCCAGUGUUCCAUCAAGUAGAGGGUGUGAGGUUAACCACAAAGAGUGAACUUUUUGGAAGUCACCAAAACAUGGAUGAUUUUCAACUCUUUGAAAAUACAGAACGUUCAGAAACCCAACAGGGAGUUCACAAUCUAGAGGCUGUGAAGCUUUUAGAGGCAGAUUUAAAAGGUUGUCUUGAAGGUUUGGCAAUGACUCUGUUUGGCAAAGAUGCUGAAAUGAGAUGGGUAGAUGCCUACUUUCCAUUCACUCAUCCUUCUUGGGAACUCGAGGUUAAACUAAACGAUGACUGGGUAGAGCUUCUUGGCUGUGGUGUGAUUGAACAGGAAAUUCUAGUAAAUGCUGGGGUGAUAGACAAAGUUGGCUGGGCGUUUGGCCUCGGACUGGAGCGAUGGGCCAUGAAGCUUUAUGACAUCCCAGAUAUUAGGUUGUUCUGGUCUUCAGAUUCUGGAUUCCUGUCACAGUUUAAGUUUGAUGAUCCAUCUACAAAUAUUAAAUAUAAGACUGUGAGUCAGUAUCCACAGUGUGUCAAUGAUAUCAGUUUUUGGCUUCCUAGAGAGGGACUCUAUGAACCUUCCGACUUUUAUGAUCUUGUAAGGAACAUUGGUGGCAGCACUGUAGAGCAGGUUACUCUUAUUGAUAAUUUUACUCACCCAAAAAAGAAGCUGACCUCCCACUGUUACCGAAUAGUAUAUCGGCACAUGGAGCGGACUCUUACUCAGGAGGAAGUCAAUGUUAUACAUAAAGAGAUAGAAAAGACUGCUUCAGAAUCUUUAAAUGUUGUAAUCAGAUAACUGUAGUUC